GGGUUCGUCCGCAAGGAUUUGUAGGGCCCUGCCGUCCUGCCACAGCACAGGAUACAAUGAACAAGAUGAAAAACUUCAAGCGGCGGUUUUCCCUCUCCGUGCCCCGGACAGAGACCAUUGAGGAGUCGCUGGCUGAGUUCACGGAGCAGUUCAACCAGCUCAACAACAGGAAGAAUGAAGACCUGGCCCAAGAGCACCUACAGCUGAGCCACCUGGGCAGGGGUUUCCGGGCAGAGCCAGCCUCCAUUUCCCCCACAGAGGUGGAAGACCAGUCCCCGACAGCUGUGCGCUACCGAAGGAGCAGCCAGCGCCGCUUCUCCAUGGAGGACGUCAGCAAGCGGCUCUCCCUGCCUGUGGACAUCCGCCUGCCCCCGGAGUUCCUGCAGAAGCUGCAGAUGGACAAUCCGGACUUCCCCAAGACCUGCAGCAGGAUGUCCCGACGAGCUUCCCUCUCAGACAUCGGAUUUGGGAAGCUGGAAACCUAUGUCAAAUUGGAAAAACUGGGAGAGGGCACCUAUGCCACUGUCUUUAAAGGGCGCAGCAAGCUGACUGGGAACUUGAUCGCACUGAAGGAGAUCCGCCUGGAGCAUGAAGAAGGGGCGCCCUGCACAGCGAUAAGGGAGGUUUCCCUGCUGAAGAACCUGAAGCAUGCAAACAUCGUGACCCUCCAUGAUUUUAUCCACACUGAGCGCUCCCUCACCCUUGUCUUUGAGUACCUGGACAGUGACCUAAAGCAAUAUCUGGAUAACUGCGGGAACCUGAUGAACAUGCACAACGUGAAGAUCUUCCUGUUCCAGCUGCUCCGCGGCCUCUCGUACUGCCACAAGAGCAAGAUCCUGCAUCGCGACCUCAAGCCACAGAACCUGCUCAUCAACGAAAGGGGGGAGCUGAAGCUGGCUGACUUCGGGCUGGCCCGUGCCAAAUCAAUCCCGACCAAAACGUAUUCCAAUGAGGUGGUCACGCUGUGGUAUCGGCCCCCCGACGUCCUGCUGGGGUCUACGGAGUACUCCACGCCCAUUGAUAUGUGGGGUGUGGGCUGUAUCCACUACGAAAUGGUCACAGGACGGCCCAUGUUCCCAGGCUCCACUGUGAAAGAAGAGCUCCAUUUAAUCUUCAGGCUGCUGGGCACUCCUACGGAUGACUCUUGGCCCGGAAUCAUGUCCAGCGAGGAGUUUAAGAGUUAUCAUUUCACUCAAUACCGAGUCCAGCCUCUGAUAAGUCAUGCGCCCAGGCUGGACACAGAAGGCAUCGACUUGCUGACACGCCUCCUCCUGUAUGAAGCCAAAAGCCGGAUCUCCGCUGAAGAGGCCCUGCGACACCCUUACUUCAAGGCGCUGGGGGACCGAGUCCAGUUCCUCCCUGACAAUGCCUCCAUCUUCUCUCUGAAAGAAAUACAGCUUCAGAAGGACCCUGGCUACCGAAGCUCAGCCUUUCAGCAGUCAGCCCGAGGGAAAAACAGGAGGCAGAGUAUAUUUUAAACCUGGCUCUUGUUCCCUUUGUCACCAUGGAGGUCAAAGCACUGAGAAAGGAGAGGACUACAUGCUCCCACAAGACCCAUCCACAGAAUUACUGACUCUACAGGAAGAUACUGGAACGCCCCUCUACCAUGGGCUGUCCACUGUCCCCCAGAAUCCCACUGCUGACACCAGUCAGCCGACCAGUAGUUCUUGUCAAAGGAGCUUUGCCCUCCAGUUCCUCAUUUUUCAUGUGGCACCACCACGCGUAAGCUACUGCGUUCCAUACCCGGGUAAGGUGCUUGAUCUAGUGACUAGUUACUCUGGGAGAAACCCCGAGCUCAGGAGACUUGUGUGCUGGCCUUGUUAAGUCCUCUUUGCUGCAGUAAGAGGAGGCGAGCUGGAAUGCAGAGGAGCGCCGCAGGCGGAGGGCAGGAUCUCCAUGGGUUGGCAGACAGCUGGGCGGCGAUCCCAUCGUGUAGGACAUUUCUGUGCACGCGCAGCAUGCCUAUGCUUGGGCAUCCUGCAUUCCCAGCCACUGGGAAAGUUAGAUCAGGCAAGAUGUAUUGCACUGGAUGAAGGACAUGCUAUUUAUCACAAGCAGGGGAUAACAGAUGGGGAGCCCAUCCAGGGCUUUCUGACAUCAGACUUUUAGUUGGGUGUGAAAUCUUUACCAAGGGAGAGCUCUCCUGCCCCAUGGUGAUCGAUCAAGGAUCCCUCUUCCUCUCCCCAUGCACAGUCACCGGGAAUGCCUGAAUUGGCAGUCCCAGGGGGUGCUGAGAAGAGAGGUAGUUUAUGAGAAAAGGCAGGAUUAUUGGAUUCCUCUGACCCCCUUGUCUUCCCCAAGUCUCCCCUCCCCAUUUAUUUUCUAAGCUCUGACACCUGGCUGCUGUCUAAAAACACCCCUUGUACAAGAAUGUGAAACACCCCUCGUACAAGAGCAUGCAAUGAUGCAGCACGGCUGAUGCGGACUUUCUCCUUAGUUCCAUGCAAAAUGGGUGCAGCGUUCCCCAGGACGUCCCUCGAGCCGUGUUUCACAGCCGUUCCGAGCCUCUCAGAUUUAGCUUUCCUGAGAAACCCGUGACAUCCCAUUUCUCACCUCAAGACCCCGCUGGGUUUCUAAUUCACCUUGCAUGGAAAGGGGCGCGUUCACUAGGGAACAGAACCCGUCUCCUAGCAAGCAGCUCAGGAAUUGCAGCCAGCUGGGCCCACUGUUGAGCUCAUGGCCAAACAUGGAAGAGCACAAGUCAUUUCACCUGUGGGUGCAAAUGAGCUGUGCAUACGCAAUGCGACAUAAAGUCCACCUUUGUGGUGGGCAUGCAAAGGUGCCGACCCUACCUCUGUGAGGCUAUAGGAUCAUAAAUAGACUCCAACGUGACAACCUGUUCAGCAGAAACCCUCCCCAGUCACACCCACCUUUCCCCUCGGACUAAACAGAUUGUAUUGGUCUCGUCUAUUGCACACGUACCGCACUCAAUGGGACUCAACUGCUUGCUGAAAUGUGAACAUGUGCUUAAGUGCUUGGUUGGGAACUGAGCCAUGAUUAGUGUAUUUUCCUCAGCCUCUAUUUCAAGGCCAUGCCAAAUCCAUUCUGAUAAAUAAGGGCCUUCUCAACCCUUCCUCCAAAGUGCCAACCAAACCGGAAACUUUCUUUUUGUUUUGAAGUUUGAAAAUUCUGUCAGGGUUUUUUUGUUGUUUGUGGUUGGUUGGUUGGGGAAUUUUUUUUUUUUUAAAGUUUUCAUCCCCACUCUCCUCCAAUUGUCUCAUCCUCUCCCAUACCCAUCAUGGCCCAGCCAGCACCAGGAAAUAAUGGGGACUUGCUCUAGAAAGACAGUAUCAUGGGCUGGUAGACUGUGAGAUUGAUGGGUAGGAAGUCCUGAGUUCUAAUCCAGACUCCUACUCAGUAGGGCCUGGUCUACAUGGCGUGGGAAAGUUGAGGUACGCAACUCCAGUUCUGUCGCUGGAGUUGAUGUAUCUUAAAUCCCCAUCUGAACAGUGGGAGGUCAAACACUCCCAUCCGCUUCUCUUACUCCUUGUGAGGAGCAGGAGUACUGGCGCUGAUGGGGGCACCCUUUGAGUUUGACCUAGUGGGUCUUUACUACACCCGCUAAAUCAAACCCCAGAAUAUCGACCUCAACAGCAUUGAUCUUCUGUGUAGACAUGCCUAUACUGAGUAGCCUUGGGCAGGUGAUGGCACUGAUCUGUGCCUCAACUUCCCCAUCUGUCAAAUGGGGCUAAUAAUCAUUAACUGCUUCACUGCGAGGCCCAAUGAUGUACAGCUCUCUGACAAUGCCAAGCACGAGUAAAAAAUGGGCCUGGACCUGAAAUUCCUCAGAGUUUGGAUCCAAUACAGAUCAGACACUAACUGCCAAGCAUUAUAAUUCCUAGCCCAGUCUAGGUACCUUAGCAAUCUGGACCAAGUCAGGCUCAUCCCUGUUUUGAGAUUUGUCCAUCCCUGGGUGGUUUCCUUCUGUGCAUGUCCUGCAUACAACAAACUGGAGAAAACACUUCUGUUUUCAUUCAUUCAUUCAUUCAUUCAUUCAUUCAUUCAUUCAGCACUUCACCCCAUAGCACAUGAGAGAUGUGGUCAGCCUUUCUGCAUGUACAUAUAAAGCAUCUUGUUUCCAACUUCACAUUCUCUGUUCCAGCUGUAUUAGGGGUUUUCUUUUGAAGUUUACAAAUUCUGGGUUCCUGUUUUUUCCACUCCAGCUCCUCUGAGGAAGUGGGUUGUGCCCACAAAAGCUCAUGAAUACUAUAUAUAUAUAUAU